GUAGCUUCUUCGCUGCGCAAAUUGAAUCAUCCACUCGGAACUACUAGAGAUCAUGGUGCAUCUCUAUCUUGCCCUGAUGGUAGUGACGACAGCAUUCGCGUGCUUCGGAGAGGUCGCCUCUGUGCCUCUCGAGCAGAUGCUGAGAGACCUGACUCCGAAAGCAAGGAGUGUUUUGAAACGUGCUACCCCAGUGGCCCCCCAUUUUGUUUUAUACAGUGACGCGUACGUUUCUACCGAACCGACCCCGUCAAAUAUUUCGGGCUUCAAUGUGUUUGCAUUGUCUUUCCUCGAGGCCUAUGGUGCUGCAGAUCAAGCUCAGGAAUGGGCAGCGCUUACAGCAUCUCAACGUUCUUCGAUUCUUUCCGAGUACCAGGCCGCAGGCAUCUCGCUCAUUGUAUCUCUUUUUGGUUCCACUGAGACCCCCACUUCAUCUGGAUACGAUCCCAUCGGUACUGCCAAUACCAUGGCAGCUUGGGUUAUCCAAUAUGGCCUCCAGGGUGUAGAUGUUGACUACGAGGCGUGUUUGCAUGAUGAUUUUGCUGCAUUCAAUGGCGGUACCGGCUCUGCUGAGCAGUGGCUCGGCAACUUCACCACCCAGCUCCGCACUCAGCUUCCGCAGGGCCAAUAUAUCUUGACUCACGCUCCUGUUGCACCUUGGUUCUCUCCUAAUAAAUGGGGUGGUGGAGGAUAUCUUUGGAUAGACUCUGUGGUCGGCAAUUUGAUUGAUUGGUAUAAUGUGCAGUAUUACAACCAGGGCACAACGGAGUACACAACUUGCGAUGGCCUCCUGUACACCUCCUCGACUACUUGGCCACAAUCUGCACUCUUCCAAAUUGCUAACAACGGCGUUUCUCUGGACAAGCUUGUGAUCGGAAAGCCUGCAACUUCAGCACAAGCCAACAACGGGUAUAUAGACCCGUCCACCUUGGCAUCCUGCGUUUCCACGGCCUAUGCUGCUGGAUGGAAUGCCGGCGUUAUGGUUUGGGAGUAUCCUUACGCUGCUGCCUCAUGGAUCGCAACUGUACGCGGGAACACCUGGCCAAUGUCCUCCACAACUGCGACAUCGGCGACACCGACCAGCACUAGCACUAGCACCACAACAACGGCGACACCGACGACCACUAGCACUACGACGACGACAGGCACCAGUACCACAACACCCGCAACCACUUGUACAGGCGUUGCUGCAUGGACCACCGGUGUGGCCUAUACGGGAGGUGCUGAAGUAACUUACAGCGGAUACCUGUGGACCGCGAAGUGGUGGACGGAGAACGACACCCCUGGAGGUCCCGCGGGUGUCUGGGUUAAUGAUGGAGCUUGCACUUCUACAGCUACCGCCACGGCUAAGCGUAGGGCUCUCCCAGUCCCCAUCGUCACACCUGCCCCUGCUUUGUAGAGGCGUAGAUGGGUGCCACCCUACCUGCCGCAGAAGAGGCUCCGCGAUACGUAAUCUGAUAGAUGAUGAAACGACAUAUGACGAUAACGAUGUAUUUGUAUUGUAUUCUGGUACUGUUUUUACUGGCAAAUCAUGGUGUAGUUUCUGGCGAUAAC